AUGCUCGAAGAAAAAUUGACCUCUCCGACCCAUAGCGAAUACAUCAGCUCGACUUCUACUUCCACCCGCUCCAAAUAUGCGUCCCGCGAUUUCUCCGGAAGCGUGUUCAUCAUCUCUUCCGAUGGGUGCAUGCUCAAGCUCCCCAUUCCGACGAGCUCGUCUCGGGAUCCUCUGAAUUGGAGUAAGAUGAAGCGUGCUCGUGCCCUUUUUGCCAUCUUUUUCUUUUCCAUCACGGGGCUGGUGGUGGUACAAGGUCCAGGUCUUAUGUUCGCUCCUUUGUUAGAGGAGUUUUCUGAUGAGGGCCUGCUUAUGGCUAUUGACCUGACCUUCAUCCACCAACGGCCCCAAAUAAUUGCCAUGUUGUGGUGCCUUAUAGGCUUCGUCGGCGGUUGCAUAUAUUCACUUGUCCCUCAAAUAACCAACACCAGCACUAGUUGGAGAUCCUUCUACCUCCUCUGGAUUUUCCCCUCUGCAAUAUCUGUCACACUGGCUUUUUUCUUAUUUCCAGAAACAUACUUCAUUCGACCAGCUGUUGCAUUUGACGGACGUAUACUCGCCCAAAGCGCAACCGAGAAAGUCCAAAUCUAUCAGGACUGGGAAGAGGUGCCUGGAGGGAAAUCACUUCCUGAUAUUCCGUACUCAUCCCCCUGGGUCAGAGACCUCCAGUUCUGGGGGACAACUCGAGGGGGCUGGAAAGCUAUGUGGGCAUGCUAUCCUCAGAUUCUCGGAUGUUUCGUCAAUCCGUUGAUUUUCUGGGUUGCGCUUCUCAACGCCAUUGUCUUCGGUAGCAUGUUGUCAAUUGGAGAGACGUAUAAUUUCGCCUUGACAGGUCCUCCCUACUUCCUCGAUAUCCGCUACACCGCACUCGUCAAUGCCGCUGGCGCCAUCGGGUCUCUCAUUGCGUGGCCAGUAUCAGGGAAAAUGAUUGCAUGGGUCUCCCGCCGUCUUGCAAUGAGCAACGCAGGUGUACGAGACGCAGAACAUUACCUUCCAGCAUUCAUCCUGCCCAUCAUCGCGGGCACUACCAGCGUGAUCAUCUACGGUCUUGCUGUCCAGCACAAAUGGCACUUCAUGUUCAUCUAUGUCUCAUACGGACUCAAUACCUUCACAUUCUCCAGCUUAGCAACCGCGAAUACGCUCUGGGUCACUGAAGCUUUUCCUCGAUGGGCAGCACCGGCAUUGGUCGUCCUUAGUGGUGUGAGCUACAUGGCGAGUUUUGGGAUCAGCUUUUCGAUCCAACCUUGGGUGGCAUCGCAGGGGAUCGCCAAUACAAAUAUCGAGAUUGGUUCAAUGAUUGCUGUCGUUGGGCUCGUGCUCAUUCCUAUUGCAUUUUGGGGGAAGAAAUUGAGGCAACAUAUUCAUGAGAGGUGGGGGACGAGUGAAAUGGGGGCUCUGCGUCCGCAAUAAUUUCAAUCCUAGCUUCUCAAAAU